GACGUCGUCAUGCCUUACGUGCAGUCGCUGCGACGCGCUGUCGCAUGUAAACUUGACCGCACCAUUAACCAGCAGUUGCUUUACAUGAUUAAUCGUCGGUCUGCAAAUAUCAGUACGCAAAACCCCUGAACUUGGCAAGUAAGCUUGGUAAUUCUUAGGGCGCAUAACAACAUGGUAAGAUGAGAAAUACGCGCAGUUAUAUUGCGCUAGGGGUCUCUACUUGAGCGAGGCGUGAGACAAAGGGCGACCAUGGCGGACGCAAACACCGAAGCCGCCGAGCUGGUCAAGUUGCGAGAAGACUUUGAGCAGCUUGUCGCACAACUUCCUGCUGCGCUGCGAUUUGACGACGCGGAAUACAUCGCGUUAAUAUUCAACAGCGGUAGCGACGGGUUGGCGGCGCCGGGGCUCACCAAGGCGGGCAGCGGCACGGUUCUCAACAACGCGCCGCACGAUGCCGCCGCCGGCGGCUCCAAAACCGACUCCGACACUGCGCCGUGCCCCUCGAAACCGGACGCCUUCCCCGCAAAAUGCCUCACUGCCAAGGAGGUUUCCGCGGGAUUGGCCCUCAUGCGGCAGAUGGAUGAUGAGGUGCGCGCCACGGACGAAACAGCCACCACGGCGCCCUGCGAACUGGGUUGGCUGGGCGUCGUGACGGAGGCGCUGGCCGACGCACCGCCGGAGCUGGCAAUGGCUCGCUGCCCCGACUGCUACCGCACCGUGCUGUCCUGCCGCAUGCACGUGCACCGCAUGCACGGCUGCAGCCCAGCGGCCGGCAGCGCCGCGGGUGCCGGGGCCAAGCAGGCCGCCGGCGGGCGGGCGUCUGCGGGCGCAGGCGCUGGCGGAGGCGGCGCGCCGCCGCGCGCGCCGCGCGCGCCGAGCACGUCACGGGGAAGCGGUGGCACGGGCGGCAGUGCGGGCGCCGGAGGCGGCCGCGGCCGCGGCCGGGGUCGCGGCCGCGGCCUGGGCGGCCUGGGCACGUCGGCGCCGCGCGUGGCGACCUCCACAUCCAUGGGCCGCAUGAAGAGCUUGUCGAUGCUGUCCAAAGAGCUGCCCGGCACGCCGACGGCGUGGGGGCCCGCCAGCGCCGGACACGACGGCGCGAUGGGCGCCGCGCCGCUCCUCAGCAUCGACGGCGGCGUGGGUGGCGGCGACGGCGGGGCGGGUGUGGGAGCGCCUCGCGGCCCCACCAAGCUGAGCAAGGUCACGUUCCCGGGCAGCAGCGGCAGCGGUGGGGCGGGGGCCGGGAGCGCUGGAGGCGAGGAGGAUGUGGAAGAAGCAGUAGACGGCGCGGCGGCGGCGGCGGCGGCGGCGAGCGUUCAAGAGGCCGAGGGCGAUGGCGAUGGCGAAGGCGAGGAGGACGACGUGGUGAUCACGGGGACACGCGACGCGGGUCCAGACGCGGCGGCCGUGACGGUGGUGGACAGUAGCGAUGACGACGGCGAUGGGCGGAAGGCGGCCCCGCUGGGCGGCGGCGGUGGCAUAGCCGCCGCCAGGGCCGCUGCCAGGGCCGCAGCCGCCGCAGCCGCGGCCAAGGCCGGCUCAGCUGCCCCUGGCACGUCAGCAGCGGCAGGGCCGGGUGGCGUCGGCGGCACGGCAACAGGGUUAGGGCCGGCUGCGGCGGGGGCGGCAGCGGCUUCAGUGGGGCCUGGUGGCCCGCCCGGCCUGUCUGGUCGGGGCAUCGGCACGCGGGCCUCUGAGCGCGGCGACAACUCCAGUCUGGUGACCCGCUUCCUCCGGGGCCUGGCAUGUGCGCUCGUGUUCCCCGCCUCCGCCCGCAGGGCCCGUUCAGUGACGCCCAACAGGCGGCGGCGCGCGGUGCCGGCCAACGACCCCUUCAUCCUGCAGCUGGAGGAGGUGGCGGCAGGGCUGCGCGCCUCCAGCUCCAAGCUCGCCGCAAUGCUGCCCACCGCCGCCAAGCGCACGCUCAAACUCAAGGCGGGCAGCGGCGCUGGCGCCAGCCCCGGCGCCGGCGCACCCGGCGCUGGCGGCGCCCCAGGCGGCGCGGGGGCGGCUGCAGCUGCAGUGGGAGGCGGUGUGGGAGCUGCGGCGGCUGGCGGUGCAGGGCGGCCGGGCGCGGGUGGGGCGGGGCCGGGCGCAUCGCGGCCGCCCAGUGCUCCCGGUGCUGGUGUGGCGGCGGGGGGCGGCGGCGCCAGCAUGUCGCCUCGCUCGCCGACGUCAGUGCAGGCGCAGAUGCUGCGGCAGCGGCAGCUGCAGCACCAGCAGCACCAGCAGCAGAAGGGGCAGGCACCGCCGGGCGGCAUGCAGCCGGCGGGGCAGCCUCCGCAGCAGCCGCGUGUGGUGCGGCAGCGCACGGGGCCGCAUGGCACCGGCCCGGCAGCCGCCGCUGGCGCCGCCGUGGGGCCCCCUGGGACUGGUGCCGUGGGCGCUGCCGCUCCUAACAGUGGCUUCCCGCGGUCCUCAACGGGCGUCCCCAUGAAUGCGCGGCAACUGCAGAUGCAGCAGCAAGCGCGCGCUGCCGCCGCAGCUGCCGGAGCCGCCGGAGCACAGGGCACUGCGGCAGGCGGUGGCGGAGGUGCGGCCGCCGGGGGUGGCGGCGGCGGCGGCGGCGGCGGCGGCUUGGCGGGUCAGAAGCGGCCGGCGGUACAGGAGCUGGCGCGGCCAGCCAGCCGGCUGCGGGGGCAGGCGCUGGCAGCACAGCCUGGCGCAGCCGCAGCUGCGCAACAGCAACAACAACAACAGCAACACCAACAUCGGGGCACGGGCGCGACGGCCGCAGCAGGCGCGGCAGGCGGUCCGCGCGCACCGCAGCGACCGGGUCAGCAGCAGCAACAGCAGCCGCAUCCCCAGCCGCACCAGCAGCAGCCGCACCCGGCGGCGCAGGGGCAGUAUCCACCGGCGCGGCCCGCGGAACAGGGGCAUCCGGCGCCUGGGGCGCCGGGCGCAGCCGCAGGCUACCCGGGACAGCAGCCGCCGCGGGGCAUGAUGCCGACGCCGGGAAGCGGCAUGAUGCCCACCCCAGGUACCCAGUCGCAACCGGCGGCGCCUGCUGGAAUGAUGCCUACGCCAGGAAUGAUGCCAACGCCCGGAAUGAUGCCAACGCCGGGAAUGAUGCCAACGCCAGGCAUGGCGCCUAGUCCGGCUGCUCCGCAGCCGUACGGGCAGCAGCCGCAGCAACCGCAACAACAGCCGCACGCACCGCAGGGGCACUACACGCUCCAGCCGCAACCCGCACCGCCCCAGCCGCAGCAAGCGCCGCAGCCUGUAUAUGCGCAGCCGCAGCCCUACCCUCAGCAGCCGCGGCCGCCGCAGGCGCAGCAGCCACCCCAGCCGCACAUGGCGUCCAUGGCUCCGGGUAUGCCACACAAUAGCCCCAUGGCCCCAGGGCCACCGCAGCAGCAGGCGCAGGUGCAGAGGCGGCCCGGGCCGCAGGCGCCAGCCCCAGGAGCGGCGCCGCAGAUGUACAGCCAGCAGCAACAGCAACAACCGCAGCAGCAGGCAAUGAUGGCACAGGCGCAGGCACAGGCACAAGCACAAGCACAGGCACAGGCGCAGGCGCAGGCACAAGCACAAGCACAGACACAAGCUCAGGCACAAGCACAGGCACAAGCACAGGCACGAGCAGCACAGCAGCAACAGCCUGUGCCGCCCGUGCAACCAGGCGCCGCGCAGCCUGCGCCGGCGGCCCCUGGAGCGCCCGCAGCUGCACCGGCACGCCCAACUGCACCGCAGCUGAGCCCCGCAGCGGCCGCAGUCGCGACGGCAGUCGCCAACAGCCUCGCUCAGCAGAUGGCAGGUGGCCCCAUCCCGCUGACAGCCGUGCAGUUGCAGUCACAGGCCCAGAUUGUCAUGUCGCUGCCUCAGAACAUACAGACGGCGCAGCAGCUGCAGCAGGCGCAGGCGCAGCUGACGCAGGCGCAGGAGAUGCACAAGCAGUCCGGCGCCGCCGUGGACCAGCUGCAGCAGCUGCAGCAGGCGCAGGCGCAGCUGACGCACGCGCAGCAGCUGUUCCACCAGCAGGUCACGGCGCAGCUGCAGCAGCGCAUCGCGGCCAUUCAGCAGGCGGCGGUGGCACAGGUGCAACAAGCACAAGCACAGGCGCAGGCGCAAGCACAGGCGCAAGCGCAGGCGCAAGCUCAAGCACAAGCACACGCGCACGCGCAGCAGCAGGUGGCGGCCGCGUCACAACCGCCGACGCCCACCUUCCAACCUGGGCACCUUCUGGUCGCUGCGGCAGCUGCAGCCGCCCACGCGCAGCAGCAGGCCGCCACCAUCAGGCAGCAGGCGGGCCAGCCGCAGGCGGCACCGGCGCCCGUUACGCAUCCGCACUUUGCUGCCGCGCUGCAGCAGCUGCAAAUGCAGCAGCAGGCGGUGGCCGCGGCGGCCGCACAGCAGGUUGCAGCGCAACAAGCAGCACAGCAGCAGGCAGCGGCGCAGCAGCAGCAGGCAGCGGUGGCGCAGCAGCAGGCGGCGGCGCAGCAGCACGCAGCAGCACAGCAGCACGCAGCAGCACAGCAGCAGGCGGCGGCCCAGCAGCAACAGCAGCAGGCGGCAGCGCAACAUGCAGCGGCGCAGCAGCACGCGGCGGCGGCUGUCGCGAUGCAGCAAGCUCAAUUCCAACAGAUGAUGCAGGCCCAGGCGUAUAUGCGGCAGCAGCAGCAGCAACAGACGCAACAACAACAAGUGCCGCAGGCAGCACAGCAGCAGCCUCAGCCACACGCCCAGCCUCCGCCACAAGGUCACGUGCCGCAGUACUACCAAGUCAUGCAACCCGGUGUGCAGCCCCAGCCGCCGCAUCAGCAGCAGCCGCAACAGCCGCAGGCGCCACCCGGCUUUGUGCCCGUUGUGCAAAUGCAGCACGCGCCGCCUGGCAUGCUGCCUGCCGGCAUGAUUCCUGUGGGGGGUGGCUACCCGCAGCCGUACAUGCAGCAGCCACAACAGCAGUAUGCGCCGCCGCCGUAUCCACAGCAGACCCAGUAGAAGCACACCGUGGCUGCGGUGGCCGGAGUCGACGCAAGUUAUGGUGCGCACGGUAGUGGUGCCGGGCGAGUGGGUUACUCAGAGCAAGGCGGUCUGCACCGUCCAAAGCACACUGCGAGUGUGUCGGCGAUGCAGGUGGAGGCCGCGUUACGCUGAGGGCGGUUGCACAGCCCCUGAAGUUGUGUGUGAGGGACAUGAAACAGCAAGGAGCAGCAAGGGCAGGGUGUGUGGCCGCAGCGUGCGAACGGUUAGGCUGUGUAUGGCAGGAUUGUGGUGUUGCUGUAGUGGAGUUGCCAGGAAGAGACGAGGUAGGUACCGCGAUGUGAUACGGGUUUCAGAUUCAGAAUGUAGGUGGGUAAUACGGUACCGUACAGCGCCGCACAGCGCAGCAGAGCGUAAACUGCAGGAUCCAGACAGACCACACUGCGCAUGUGGUAGGAGGCAUGUAGGACGCAACCCAGGCGUAGGUAGAGCAUGUUAGGCCCUGCCAGUGUGUUGGCAUUACUGCUAUAAAUUCGGCAGCGCGCGCGAGCCAUGACGAGGAUACCGGUUUUUAGUGUAGGCUGCGGGCUGUGACAAGCUGUCGCAGCUACGGUGCUGUGCUGUGCGGAUGCAGUUAGCGACAACGAUGCAGGCCAGGCGGUGUAGGCAAGCCAUCCGACUGGCGGCACCACGGCAUGUAGGGCGGCUGCAAGCCUGCAACUUUG